GCCACUUACCUGUCCCCCGGUCUCGCUGUGUCCCGCGCAGCCCGUUUUACCGGCCGCCCUUUAUUCCAGGAGGCCGGCAUCUUCAGUGUGGGCACGAGUAGCGCUGCGCUUCAUGAAUGGUCCUGUAGUCUUCUGGGACCUGUCACGUGUCCCAAAAGAAUACAGGGAGGGAGGACACUCUCCGUGUCCGAUCGCCUAGGUGAUCGGACCGGAAGUGGGAGCCGGUACCUGUCAAAUUCGGGUACCCGCUCCCUGAAGGUGCCAAUCCUUAAUGGGGAGCAGUCCUUAAAGCGGAACUUCCCCUUAUGGGUGGAGCUCCGCUUU